AUGCUCAUUUCCUUGGACUCACUCACGGCCUUUCUGGCUUGUCUUUCGGCUGGAUACGCCCUUCAAAUUCCCUCGGAUACACCUCUCUCUGAAUUGAUCUCUUCCGCCAAGGCCCACCUCGCGCAGGGCUCACCCCGAGAUGCCGUGGUAUACUUCGACGCCGCCGUCUCGCGCGACCCAACCAACUAUAUCACUAUCUUCCAACGGGGCGCGGCUUAUCUUUCCAUCGGCAAAAAUUCACAAGCCUCAAGCGACUUUGAUCGAGUUUUAGAACUCAAGCCGGACUUUGAGGGCGCUCUUCUACAGCGAUCCCGCUUAAACGCACGCUCCGCGCAUUGGCAAGAGGCCUUGCAGGAUCUCGAGCGGGCCGGAAAAAAGUCGACGGAUGAUUACAAGGAAUUAGAAGCCGCACGAGAUGCGGCCACCUUAGCUCUCAAUGCCGAAAAGCAGGGCGCGUGGGAGACGUGUGUCUCGGAGGCAAAUAUUGCCAUCCUCAAGGCAAAUACGGCACUGCCUCUACGACAGGCUCGAGCCCAUUGUCACUUUGAAAAAGGCGAGACGGAAGAAGCGCUUAGCGACUUGGCACAUGUUCUGCAAAUGUCCCCGAGCUUGGUCGAACCUCAUCUGCAAAUGUCAUCCAUGCUGUUCUACUCUCUAGGAGACAGUGACCGUGGCCUUGCUCAAAUUCGCAAAUGCCUCCAUGCUGAUCCGGACUCGAAACCGUGCAACCGUCUAUAUCGACGUGAACGGAAGCUUGCCAAACAGCUAGAAAAAUUGCAUACUGCCCUGGGCGCACGCAAAUUCAGCAAUGCAGCAAAUCUCAUGGUCGGCGAUAGUGAAUCCAGUGGACUGAUUGCGGACAUCAAGGCCGAUGUUGAAGAAGCGAGACAAGCUAACCAUAUUCAUCAUCUGGCACCCAAUAAUCUUUACACAUUCCUGGUCGAGAAGACCUGCGAGGCUUACCGAGAGAUGCGUAUGAUCAAAAAGGCGGGCCCUUACUGCGCUGAAGCUCUCCAGCUUGUUCCCCACUCACUUGCCGGGCUCCUAUAUAAAGCCCAGACCGCUUUGGACGAGGAUCGGUUCGAGGACGCCAUACGUACGCUCGAAUCGGCCAAGGAACACCAUCCCAGUUCCCAAGAGGCGCAAUCUCUCCAACAAAAGGCUCAGACUUUACUCAAGCGCUCCAAGCAGAAAGAUUACUACAAGGUCCUUGGUAUUAGCCGUGAUGCAGAUGAUCGGACGAUCAAACGCGCGUAUCGCCAGCUAGUGAAGCAACAUCACCCUGAUAAGGCCAACGCCCAGGGUGUAAGCAAGGAAGAGGCGGAGAAAAAGAUGGCGGCCAUCAAUGAAGCCUACGAGGUUUUAUCUGACUCCGAACUCCGGACACGGUUUGACAACGGCGACGAUCCCAAUGAUCCCGAAUCGCAACAGCGAGGCAGUCAGUUCCAGGGCAACCCAUUCGGUGGUGGUGGUCAACAGUUCUUCUUCCAACAGGGUGGUCCACAAUUCCAGGGGAAUUUCAAGUUCCCUGGUGGAUUCCGCUGA